AAAAGUUCCCGCCGGCAAGAAUUAACUAAAUUUUUAAGCGAGCGAAUCUUGAAGCAAUCUCCGCGGCAUGGAAGGUGCUGAAAGAUGAAAAGAAAGACUCACCGCACUCAACGUUCACUCAAAGUUCUUCCCGGAUGUAUGGUCUUGAUUUCCCUUUCCAGUGGAAUCUUGUCCAUUAUUGCAAGCACCUGCCAGAUUUGUCUCCAAAGACAACCUUACUUAUGGCUGCAGCUAACUCAUCAUAGUAGUAGUGUCAUGGCCCUGCUGUCGCGUUCCCCUUACAUUGGGGCGAUCUUUCCCCACCGCCCCACGCACGUUGAAGAACUUCUAAUGCAUCCAAUGAGAAUUCCAGAUGCAAGUACCCACAAAAUCGGCAUGAGCCGAACCGGGUGGAUCUUGGAUUUAUUGAAGGCUGGAGCCUGGAAGACAUCAUGACAUGAAAAUUGUAAGUGUAUAUAUGGUCUGCAUUGAUGCACACGAGUGUGUGUUCUCUAUCACAACAGUGACCAUGCUGAGUGCUAUGCUGUCAGCCUUUUUCUCCCUUUUCCUCUUUACUCGUACAUCAGGCCACUAUCAGCUUUCCAAACAUUCACAUCAUCUUGUUUAAUCAUGCUUGUUUCGUCUCUCAGAUGUACUCGAGUACGCGAAAGGUUUUAUUGUUCUGAUCUUAAGCGAGGGGUUCAAUUGCGAAUAUGAAUCGCAACUGAAAUGAAAUCAAUCAAUUACAGUUUGUUCCUACUUUCUUCAUGGAGUAUUGUACCUCAUGGGCCUUUUGAUGCAGAUACGAUAUCCAAUUGAGUUUUUGUAUCCCACCUUUGAAGCCAAGGCGGAGGGCAAAACUCAAUUGUACCCGAGUACCUGUUUCCUACUUUUUAUUCCGGACAUGGUCCAAGACGAUUGUCGGUCUUUGAUUUUUGCUCAUCAGAAUUUUGUAGCCUCGAUCUCGGGAGCAAUACAUGGCAUCAGCAGUAUGGCGAAGACUCAUUUUAUAUUGCUUACUGUAACCAAUGUCCCUCGGCUCCAAGGAGAGAAGGCCACAAAAUCAAGGCAAUUCCGUAAGAUUAUUCUUUGAUGCUUUGAUUUCUCGAAAGCGCCCAUUUCAUUGGCUCAAAUAUAUACCGCCAAGUAAACUACUCCUAUUGAACUUACCACAUUCACCUAAACAGAACACUAUCGACUCAUAAUGAUCGUCAUCCGGGGUUAGUCCGACCCGUUUUCCACGCUACCAUUCCCCCGCACUGGGGUAUAUGGAGUCAAACGUGGGGAACUUUCUUGAUACCAAAAUAUCGAGGCUUCGCAAUUCGUUCAGUACCGCUGAUUUCCCGAUCUUUAUUUGGAGAAACGAGAAAAUGGCUACUAUGACAAGGACCAUACAGACCGAAGUUGACCUCGUUGAGGUACCAAGAAUUGAACUUCAACCAUUACCACAAACCCCAAAACAAUCGUUUGCUCAGAAGUACAUCAAUGUUACUGAAGAUAUCAGAGGAGCAUUAGUUCCGCCUCCGACAGCAGUUGAAGCAUGUCAAAGAUGGAAUCAGCCCAGAAUCAACAUGUGGAGAUGUUUAGCGACGUUUUGGUCGUUUUUUAUUGUUGGGAUGAAUGAUGGAGCUUAUGGAGUAUGUAAUUAUCGUCAAAUUGAAAUGUUUGCAUCAUAACUGACACUUCGGACAGGCAUUAAUACCUCAUGUAAAAUCCAUACCUCAACGAUCAGCUCCUCAAAAUUGCUAAUAGCUUGUAGCUUGAAAAAUAUUAUAACCUGACCUACACUGUCGUCUCUCUGGUAUUUCUCUCUCCGUUCGCCGGUUAUACACUUGCCGCCAUUGCAAACAAUCAUGUUCACAUUUGGCUGGGCCAACGAGGUGUUUCCAUCAUCGGCCCACUAUGUCAUCUCAUCGCCUUCGUUGUUCUUGCUCUUCAUCCACCGUAUCCUGUCCUCGUCAUCGUAUUCAUCUUCGUAGGUUUUGGAAAUGGACUCGUUGAUGCUGCCUGGAGUGCCUGGCUGGCCAAUAUGGCCGAUGCAAAUCAGGUAACAGGUCUUUUGCAUUGUUGUUAUGCGAUCGGUGCUGCUGUUGCGCCUCUCGUUGCUACUCUAAUGUUCACAAAAGGUGGACUUGAGUGGUAUUACUUCUACUAUCUCAUGGUAUGAUCUAUUAUCAAAAGGCGUAUAGGAGAAUACUGAAAAUUGUAGAUUACGAGCGCAGCGGUUGAAUUACUCACCUCAGCGAGUACAUUCUGGAAACAGAGCGGUGCAAUUUACCAGAUCGAAAAUCCAAGUGACCAAAAUGCCAAAACCGGACGAACACGAGAAGCCGUCAAAAACCCAUUAACUUGGUUGUUUGCAUUCUUCAUUUUCGGAUAUGUAGGAGCAGAAGGUAUUCUUCCCUUGUGUUUUAUCUCUUGUGGUAGAUGACUUACUAUACUCUAGUUUCUCUCGGUGGCUGGCUCGUCGUAUUCAUGAACAAGAUUCGUUUCGCUUCAUCCUUUCAAUCCGGAGCUACAGCAAGUGGAUUCUGGGCCGGUAUGGCCGUUGGACGUAUCGCUCUAUCAUUCCUCACAGCCAAACUAGGGGAAUUCAAAUCUAUACUCCUCUAUAUUGCCAUAUGCCUUGGUCUCGAGCUUAUGUUCUGGCUCGUCCCUGUCCUUAUCGUCUCCGCCGUGGCAGUAGCAUUUCUUGGCUUCUUCCUAGGACCCUUAUUUCCUACUGCUAUGGUGCUCGUUACGAAAAUGAUGCCGCGACAUUUACAUGUCGGGAGUGUAGGGUUUGCAGCGGCAUUUGGAGGGAGUGGUGGUGCUAUUUUCCCUUUUAUUGUUGGGGCUAUUGCGCAAGCGAGGGGGGUUGAGAGCUUGCAGCCUGUGAUCUUGGCUGUUUUGAUUGGAUUGGCGGGGCUAUGGGUUUUGCUGCCGACUGUGGGGAGAAAAGCUAGGAGAGGGAGUGAGAGUGACGUUGAGGGAGGACGGUCAUUAUAGGCUGGCAAGAAACCUUUUAAAAUGCCUAUCUUACUAAUCUUUUGAGGGAUUGGCUGGUUAUGGAAAUUCGGGACAGCUGAGUCUGGUAUGUUGGGGAUUUCUAUCUAAUUCUAUUUCCUUUUGUAAUACCAUACGAUUUAACGGAAUUAUUCUCCAUCGACGUGCUAUAGACGACUAUACAGAUCAGAUAGAGUACAGAGGCAACUCAAAUUUCAAAGCAAUAUUUUACAUAGAGA